GAAAAGGUAUCCGAUGCCUGAUGGGAAAGUGAGGGUGGUAUCAGAGCCAGGAAGGGCGUGUUUGUUUGCAACAGGAAGAAGGAAACCAAGCGGCUUGCAAUUGUGUCGCAUGGCUUUUAAAAGCGAGAACCUCAAGUGCCCUCCCUAGGGAAUCUCCAGGCGCCAACAUGUUCUUUACUUGUGGCCCCAAUGAGGCCAUGGUUGUCUCAGGUUUCUGCCGCAGCCCCCCAGUCAUGAUAGCUGGAGGACGGGUGUUUGUGAUACCUUGUGUCCAACAGAUUCAGAGGAUUUCACUGAAUACUCUGACGCUCAAUGUGAAGAGUGAAAAAGUUUACACCCGGCAUGGUGUCCCCAUCUCUGUCACUGGCAUUGCCCAGGUGAAGAUCCAGGGACAGAACAAGGAGAUGCUGUCUGCUGCUUGCCAAAUGUUCCUGGGCAAGACAGAGGCUGAGAUUGCCCAGAUCGCCCUGGAGACACUAGAAGGGCAUCAGAGAGCCAUCAUGGCCCACAUGACAGUGGAGGAAAUUUACAAAGACCGGCAGAAGUUCUCAGAGCAAGUCUUCAAAGUUGCUUCCUCCGAUCUGGUCAACAUGGGAAUCAGUGUGGUCAGCUACACCCUCAAAGACAUCCACGAUGAUCAGGAUUAUCUUCACUCUCUGGGGAAAGCCCGAACUGCCCAGGUUCAGAAGGAUGCCCGGAUUGGAGAAGCCGAAGCCAAGAGAGAUGCCGGCAUCAAGGAAGCUAAAGCCAAGCAGGAGAAGUUGUCCGCUCAGUACCUGAGUGAAAUUGAAAUGGCCAAGGCCCAGCGGGAUUACGAACUGAAGAAAGCGACCUACGAUAUUGAGGUGAACACAAGGAAAGCCGAAUCUGACUUGGCAUAUCAGCUCCAGGUAGCCAAGACGAAGCAGAAGAUUGAGGAGCAGAAGAUGCAGGUGCUGGUGGUGGAGCGGGCCCAGCAGAUUCAAAUCCAGGAGCAAGAGAUCAUCCGCAAGGAGCGGGAACUGGAGUCCAAGGUCAAGAAACCCGCCGAAGCCGAGCGCUUCCGGCUGGAGAAGCUGGCCGAAGCUGAAAGGUCUCAACUGAUCAUGCAGGCCGAGGCUGAGGCAGAGUCAGUCAAGGUAAAGGGUGAGGCUCGGGCCUACGCUAUCGAGGCCAAAGCCCAGGCUGAAGCUGAGCAGAUGGCCAAGAAGGCAGAAGCUUUCCGGCAGUACCAAGAUGCAGCCAUGGUCGACAUGCUUCUGGAGAAGAUUCCGGAGAUGGCUGAAGAGAUCAGCAAGCCCUUGACCUCAGUGAACAAGAUCAAGAUUGUGUCUAGUGGGAGUGGAGACAUGGGGGCUACCAAGAUCACUGGGGAGGUCCUAGAAAUCAUGAACAAACUUCCCGACACGGUUGAGAAACUCACCGGCGUUAGCAUCUCUCAGCAGAUAAACCAGAAGAAACCAGGUCGAAUGAACUAAACGCUGAAGAUUGGGAGGAUGUGGGUGGGAUCCUUGGUGAGCAUGAACUCCUGUGAUCCUGGUCUGUACGUGUUCAUAUAUAGAGUCUUCCCCGUCAAGAGACCCACCCACCCGCCCUCCAGAGAUCGCCAGACCUUUAAGGACUGAACCGCUGCAUGUUGGCCAACAAUCCUCAACGCCACUGAGGUCUCGUGCACCAGUUGUGUCUCUAUAGCACCCCAGUGUGUACUGUAGGAAUAUCCUAUCACCCACUGCAUCUUGUAAAGCAUGGUCAUUUUGGUCCCAUUCCCACUAAGUCCGCCACAACUCCCGAUCACAUUUCACUCAGUUGAGCCCUGUUACUACUCCAUUGGCCGGGCACUUCUGGACACCAUAUACUUCCUAAAAGUUGUAUGAGGAUUUAAGAAAGAGCCUGCCUUCUAGAAUUCGUGGGAAGGCCACAAGAACGUAAUUCGGAUGUUUAUGAAAAACAGGGGCUUGUUCUUUGAAGUAGGUUGCUGGAUUGUUUGCUGCCACAAUUUCCAAGUGCCAAGAGGCGAUGUUGUUUUUUUUGGUGGGUGGGGGGGUUACUCCCAAGGCAGUGUGCCCAAUGUGCAAAGAAAUUGUAGGAGGUUGGUUUUUGUAUUUAAAAAAAAAUUGAUGAAGGACUUGUGCAUAGCCACACCAACCCAUCUACAUUUUUCCAUGUACAUCCUCCCAUGCCAAACCAACCCCUGGUUUUGUGCCAUGAAUUCUGGGUGCUAUGCCCCACCAAGAUGCUGUACUUGGCCAAAAAGAGGACUUUUGCCUUCGUUUAUGUUCCCUUUCUCCUUGGUAAGAUCUCUUUUUUAAGGAGUGUGUGUUUACAGAGGCGUCGCUGCGUGUAAAUCCAGAAGCAUAGGAAAUCAGAAUAGCAGAAGUAUGCAAAAGAGCCCGUCCCACAUUUUCUUUGUUGUGUGGCAGGCUGGAGGGUGAUCAACGAGGGAGGGAAAUUCUGGUGUGUGAGCGUUGCAGAGGCAGAGAUGUACGCGGGGUGUGCUUUUGUAUCCACUUAGCAGUCAAUGUCUAGAUGUGCCUUAUUAACUGUCUUAACAUCUGGAACAAUCGCACACUGCCACCGACAUUCUCGUGGUUGGGAGCAAAACACGCGCUUCCGAAGAACUGGAAUAUACAAUCGGAAGAAGCCCGUGGGAUAGUCACAGGGAGCUUUACUGUUUCCGGUGGGGGAAGUCCUACAAGGACGUAUGCAUGCUGUUCAUGGAAAACUAGCACUGGUCUUGGUGUAAACUUUUCCUCUGGUUUUCGGCAUGCAUGUGGUGUAACAGGGGAGAGCAUUCCAAUGAGUAACUCCUUCCAUUCGCAGGGCAAAAUUGCGCUCAGUUGUGAGUAUUCUCUCCCUGUUGUCACUUGGCCUCAGUCAGAAAAAGAAAAUACUAGAACCGCCUCUGCGGUCUGAUUGUAAGACCGUUGUGUUGACAUUCUCCCCUACAAUUCUGUCCCCUACCAAUUCAGAUAUCCAGUCUGGGCAUUGAAUCCCCAGCCUUCUGUUCCAUUUCCUUCUGCCUCUGUGUCUCAAACUGUGACCUCCCCCCCCCCUCGCUGCUAACUGUGUAAAUAAAGCACGCCGGAUCUGUUUGCAGGGACCCAAAGUUGGUAUCCUGUGAUGGGGAAGUCAGAUGUUUAUAUCCGGGCCUUCACCCUGCUUACUGUGUUGUGGAGCCUCAGCACUGUGCCUUGUCGGACCCUUACCAAAGGGGGAGGAUUUGCUGCCCCCUCCGCCAUUUUGCUGCUGAGCUGUGCAGCUUAUAAUAAAGGCCAAUGUUACUGCU